AUGUCAGAAAAAAAAGAAGAAAACAAGUUCUUAUUACAGGAGGCUGCCAGAGAUGGGAAAGCGUUGACCGUGAGGUCACUUCUUAGAGAGAAUCCCAGACUAGUUCAGCGGCGAGACCUUGAUGGCAGAGUUGCUUUACAUUGGGCAGUUUCUUCCAACCAUCAAGAAAUCGUGGCAAUGUUGUUAAAUCCUUUGUUAAUAGCCAAUGCAGAAGAAAAGAAGUUUUCAAAAUUUGAAAUCGAGAUCGAUGACUUGGUUGAUGAUGCUGGAUGGACCCCACUUCAUAUUGCUGCUGCAUUGGGAAAUCUUGAAAUUAUCGAAUUACUUAUAACUCAUGAUCCUGAACCAACAAUAAACCAACAGACCAAUGCGGGACAAACUGUUUUACAUUUGUCUGCUUCCAAAAAUUUGUAUGAAACAACGGCAUAUUUCUUGAAACAUGGUGCCAGUGCUAGAGUCAAGGAUAAAAAGGGUCAGUACCCGAUAUUCAGGGCUGCCUCGAUCGGAUCAAUAAGACUUGUGGAAUUAUUGUGCACCGAAGGGAAAAGUCAAUUGAAUAACAAAGACAACUUUGGUUGGACGAUCUUACAUCAUGCAUUGGCCGAAGGUCAUGGUGAUGUUGCUAUCGAAUUGGUUAAACGUGGUGCCAACCCCAACAUUGAGAGUGGCGAUGGCCAAACACCGGUUGAGGUUAGUGUGGAUCAGAAAAUUGAAAAAUAUUUCAGACAACAUCUUGAAGAUUUGGGAAUUGAACUAGAAAAAAGUAAAAAAUAA